UAUUUUCUUCCUUAACACGGAAGUACAUGACACGACCGAACUUUUUCUACUUUUAAUGCAGUUUUAAUGUGAACAAGAUGACUUAUGGGUGAAAGACCAAUCUAUUUUACACAUUUCCACUCCUAUUAAGCGUCUAAAAUUGGAAGUAGUUUGUGUCGGCGGAGGAUUUUAAUUUUGCAGUCUGCUUGAGCACAAUUCUCGUCGACAUGCCAACGGCGAAAAACAUGCCCAUGCUGCUGCUCCUCUGCACCUGCGUGGUAGAUGGCGCCCAGAACCGCUCGGAGGAGGAGACCUCAUCCGCCGGCGUCGUGCUCAAGGAAGGAACAGACGCCUUGAUCGAGUGCAACGUGACGGGGGUCCACGAUGAUGUCAGAUGGUACGGCCCCGACGGACGUCAGCUGGUCGAGGAACCAGGCGGGAAGUGGCUUAUCGAGGAAAAGGGGCGACUCAACAUCAGCGGCGUCUCCUUCGAGGACCGCGGGCGCUACAUGUGCGUAACCGACGGCGGCAACUACAGCGUGACCGUCCGCGUGGCCUAUACCCACAGCGGCCUGGGCGUCUACUUCGUGGGCGUUUGUCUCGCCGCCUUCUCUAUCACCAUGGUCCUCAAUGUGACCCUGCUGGGCAUGGUCCGAAGCCACCUGAAGAAGACCGAGCGGGCCAUCAACGAGUUCUUCCGCACCGAGGGCGCCGAGAAGGUCCAGAAGGCGCUGGAGAUCGCCCGUCACAUUCCCAUCAUCACCUCGGCCAAGACACAGGAACUGGCCAAGGUCACCCAGUACAGAACCAAGGAGUUUGCGCGGCACAUGGAGGAGCUGGCCCGCAGCAUCCCCUUGCCGCCACUGUUAAGCAACUGCCGCGCCGCCGCGGCGGGCGCCGCCGAGCCCCCGGAGAGCGAGAGGGGGGCGGCCGGGUUGAUGGCAGGGGAAGAGCGAGGAAGUCAGGUAGCAGACGUGGAGGUGUCCGUUCACUCGCCGUGACGGACGGUGAAGACUGGAUUGACAAUAUAGGACAUUUUUCUAAAGUACUGUCCCCCCAAAAAUAACAACUUUUCCCUAAUAAUAAAUAAAGAGCUGCCACUAAUUAUUAUUUUUAGAAUAUAAUUCUUUUGAUUAAUUGAAUACAAUUGUAUUUUGCAUUAACAUGUAUUAUGAAACCA